CUUCACCCACUACCAUCUUGCUUUCUGGAAACAUUAUAAGGUGGAACAAUCAUCAAUUUCCUUCUUCCAUAGUUUCCAGUAUCCAACCACACAAAAAAUGGCAUCCCAAACACAUAAGCAGCAGCUUCACUUUGUGGUGUUCCCACUCAUGUCCCCAGGCCAUAUGCUCCCAAUGAUAGACAUCGCCACAGUAUUAUCACACCAAGACAACGUUGUUGUAACCGUCGUAACAACCCCUCACAACGCUUCUCGCGUCUCGCAAACAUUCUCUCGGGCUUCGGAUUCUGGCCUCAAUCUCCGCUUGGAACAGAUCGAGUUCCCAUCGGAAAAAGCUGGAUUUCCACAAGGCUGUGAGAAUUUCGACAUGCUUCCUUCAAUGGCCAUGGCCUAUAGCUUCUUCAGUGCUGCAAGUGACCUACUUCAAGAACCAGCAGAGAAGCUGUUCGAGGAAUUGACACCAAAACCAAACUGCAUAAUCUCUGAUGUAGGUUUGCCAUAUACUUCACACAUAGCCGCCAAAUUCAACGUCCCAAGAAUCUCUUUCUACGGGGUUAGUUGCUUCUGUUUAUCGUGGAACAUAAAUGUUCUAACCUCCAACAUUCUAGAUAGCGUAGCCAAGGAUUCAGAGUACUUUCCCAUACCUGGAAUCCCUCACAAAAUUAUGGUCACCAAAGCUCAGCUUCCGGGAGCUACGACGAAUUGGAAGUGGCAAGAGUUUGUUGAUAAAAUGGGAGUGGCUGAAAUGGCGGCCUAUGGAACGGUGGUAAAUUCUUUCGAGGAGUUGGAGCCACCUUAUGCAAGGGACUUCAAGAAGGCGAAAAACGGAAAAGUGUGGUGCAUCGGACCGGUUUCGCUUAGGAACAAGGAUCACUCGGACAAGGCUUGGAGAGGAAACAGGGCCUCUAUCGACGAGGAACGUUUCAUGAAGUGGCUUGAUUCGCAAGAAACAAAUUCUGUUAUUUAUGUCUGCCUUGGAAGCAUGUGCAAUUUAACUCCCUUGCAGUUCAUAGAGCUUGCUAUGGCCUUGGAAGAAUCUAAUAGGCCAUUCAUUUGGGCCAUCAGGGAAAGGAACCAAUCAGAAGAACUGAAUGAAUGGAUUAAGCAAUCGGGUUUUGACCAUAGAAUUAAUGGUCGUGGCCUCUUGAUCAGAGGUUGGGCUCCACAGGUACUAAUACUGUCCCACCCUUCUGUGGGAGGGUUUUUAACACACUGUGGUUGGAAUUCGACCUUAGAAGCAAUAUGUUACGGGGUGCCAAUGCUAACAUGGCCAUUGUUCGGCGAUCAAUUCUUCAAUCAGAUAUUUGUUGUGGAAAUAUUGAGAGUUGGUGUCAGUGUUGGAGUGGAGAGUCCUGUGAAUUGGGGUGAAGAGGAAACAGGGGUUUUGGUGAAGAAGGAAGAAGUGAAGAAUGCCAUAAAAGAGUUAAUGGAAGAGAACACGGAGACUGAAGAGAGAAGAAGAAGGGCAAAAGAGCUUGCGGAGAUGGCUAAGAGUGCUGUGGAAGGAGGAGGUUCUUCACACCAAAACGUGAAUCUUCUGAUCCAAGAUAUCAUGGAAAUGGAACUGUCCAAGAAAGAGUGAAGAUUUAUCUUCAUUUAUCAAAUGCAGAGUGAAGAUUUUUCCCCUCAUCUAAUUUUCUUCCGUUAUUACUACAUAGAUCAAUUGCAAAGUACUAUAAUAAAUGGUUGGAAGAAAUUAAUGCUUCAUGGAGGCAGUGCUUUUUUUAUUAGGUGAAUGUUUUUAUAAUUUGAUGAACAUUAUUUUAAAAUCUUGUAGAAAAUAUUGUCUUUUGAAUUAUUCGCAUUGGUGUUCCGGUGAUGAAGAGAAAGCUGAAGUGAUGAUGAAAAGAGAGAGACUGGUUGAAGCUGUAGAGAAGUACAUGAUGAGUAGUGAAUAGGGGAAGGAGGAAGAGGAAAAGACCAAUGGAACUAGGGAACAUGGCAAGCAGUGCUUGCUCAGGAGAAGGAAGGUGCUUCGCAUUUCAAGGGAAUGGCUACGGUUACUUUGAGCCGUCACCGCUCAUUAUCAUUGUAGCGGUUAAAGGGUUACUGUAACUGUCGCCACUUAUUAGUGGCUGGUUUUCUGUUCCCUCCAUUAUUAUAAAAAUUCAAUCUUCAUUGCUUGUUC